AUGGUUGUCUACCUGAUUGCCGACAACGGCAAAGGGUUUGGAUAUUGCAAUGGCUGCUCUGUCGCCGGCUACAAAAUCCCGGCCCGCACCGGCAAGUGGGCACAAAACGUCCAUGUACGCCGCGUUCCAAGUGGUGAGAUCGCUCUGUACAACCAGAAACAAAAGCUGUACUGGAGCCGCUGUGUCGACUGCGAUGCGAAAAACAAGCCCAACCAAGUCGUCUUGCGCCACAAGACUUGGCAAGAGUCGAACGCGACGCGCUGGACGUGCGAAGACGUCAGCAAGACGCACAUCCGAUUCAAGGACGUUGAAGGCAAGUACUUGACGCGCGACGCAGAGCUUCCGAACCUUGCCGGCAACCUGAUCAUGAGCGUGGCCUGGAACGCGACGGCGCCCGCGCCUCAGUUGUGGACCGUGACCACGUGGUGA